CAACCGAAGACGACUCUCCUGUUGUCCUCAGCUUCAUCUGAAGUUGAAAUUGAUUUGAAAAAGUAAGGAUCAAGUGCAACACUGUGCUUUAUAGAGUCACCACUUCAUUGGAUGGUGUGGCAACGUUUCGGCGCUAGACCUCCAUCAGCUGAAAUUGAUUAACACCAUGGCCUCAUGUGGUGAUGAUACCAUGGAGACAGCAGCCCUGGGAAGACCAUUCCAGCUCGGGAUGCUGUACGACUGCCGGAAGGACGCUCUUAUUCCAGGUAUAAACUUAUGGGAUCAACAGCAGUUGCAGGAGAAUACAAGGGUGCAGCAGCAAAACAAUACUGAAUUUAAUGUCACAACAUCAGAUUCAAUAGAGGAGAAGUCAAAGUUACUAAAGAUCUCUGACUCUCUGAAACUAAGUCUCUUGGGAGGACUGGUGGAUGUGGGUGGAUCAGCUAAAUAUUUCCAAGACAUAAAGAAAUCCAACAAUCAAGCCCGCGUCACUCUUCAGUACAAAACAAUUACAAAAUUUGAAACAUUAACAAUGUCUCACCUGGGUUUUGGGCAGAUGUCUCAUCAUGACGUGGUUGAAGAUGACACAGCAGCCGGGAAGGACUCGCACACAGAGGGCCAAAACAUUAUACAAGUCUGGAGUCAAUACGUCUUCAUGUUCUUUUUAUACAUAUUCAGGGCUCUACAGACAAAUGUGGAAAAAAUGUGCAUUCAUAUUGUGCAAAGUCUUCAGUCCAUGAUGUUCCUCAGUGCAACUGAUGACACUGCCACUCAUGUUGUCACAGCCAUCUUGUACGGAGCUGGUGCCUACUUUGUAUUUGACAGAGAAUCAUCCUCAGAGGAUAAGAAGGAACAAGUAGUAGAGGAAACUAAACGCACCUUCAAUAAACUGAAAUACCUCACAGUAGAUGGUGAGGCCUCAUUCAACAUGGAUGAAAAAGAGAAAUCAGCAGUUGAACAAUUUAGCUGCACAUUUCAUGGAGACUUCAAGUUACCCACCAACCCAACGUCCUUCAGUGAUGCUGUGAGAGUUUACAGAGAUCUUCCAAACCUGCUGGGAGAGAAUGGAGAACAUGCUGUUCCACUCAGGGUGUGGCUGUAUCCUCUCUGCAAGUUGGAUUCAAGAGCUGCAAGACUGGUCAGAGACAUUAGCGGUAACAUGAUCAGAUACUCAUCAGACGCCGUUGAGAGUUUUAAUCAGACAGAGAUGAGAUGCAGAGACAUACUGAAAGACACUGCAGCAGCAGCAUUUCCUGCCCUGGCAAAGAAGGUUGAGGAUUUGAUGCAGAUGUGCCAUCAGUACAAGCUUGACCUCAUGCAGAAGCUCGGGUCAGUGCUUCCUUCAAUCCGAGGCGGUGGGAAAGAGGAGAAUGCUCUAUUAGACAUUCUUAAAACACAUGAAAGUUCUCCAUUCAACAGCAGAGACCUGGAUCAGUGGCUCACAAAUAAGGAGAAGGAAUCAGAUACACUGACAUCUUACCUUAAGCAACUGGGGAAACUAGGUGAAAAUAUAGAUGGCAAUUUGGAAAACCUCUUGUCUGAUUUAGACGUGAAAAAUGUUGUAAGCCUUUCAUUUACCUCUGUAGAUGGGCCUGAUAGUCUGUUGGUGAAACUGUCGAAUUAUCUCAAACCAUCAGGAGUGUUGAACACGUCUGAAGAAUCCUCUGAUCUACUGGCUACAAACACAGAGUGGCUCUCCACUGAUAUUAGUAAAAUGAUGAAAAGGGAAGUGAAACUGUUUGGAGAACUGAAGAAGAUGAGCAUCAGUGAUGACACAAAGUUCAUAGUGGAUUCAAAAUACGAUGAGAGUUAUCCUGGGUCGUGUAUUUUGGAUGGAAUCGGCAUUAUUUCUCCAUCAAAACCUGCCACUCCAACCACUACUUGUGUUUCAUACGACAGUGUAACACUUCGGGUAUCUGACCCAGACUCUGCCACUGUAGAGUACCGAGUAGAAUACAGAGAGAAACAGAAUCAGGAGACUGAAUGGAAAUCCCACCCAGUGCAGAGGAACCAAGAGGCAGUAACUCUGUCAGGACUGAAUCAGGAGACUGAGUAUGAGAUCAGAGCCACAGCUGUGGGAAAACUCAGCUAUGCUGUCAGCAGCGACAUCUGCAGAGCUGUGACUCUAGCAGUUCCAUCAAAACCUGCCACUCCAACCACUACUGGUGUUUCAUAUGACAGUGUAACAGUUCAGGUGUCUGACCCAGACUCUGCCACUGUAGAGUACCGAGUAGAAUACAGAGAGAAACAGAAUCAGGAGACUGAAUGGAAAUCCCACCCAGUGCAGAGGAACCAAAAGGCAGUAACUCUGUCAGGACUGAAGCCAAAGACGGAGUAUGAAAUCAGAGCCACAGCUGUGGGAAAACUCAGCUAUACUGUCAACAGCGAUGUCUGCAGAGCUGUGACCCUCCAUCUGCCAACACAGAUUCAAGACACAAGUUGCAAGAGGUCUCAGUUUCAAUCAUCAGCAGGGAUUCAGAACAUGAUCUCCAAAAGUGAUCUUAUCAGUUCAGGAUGUCCAUCUGUCUACCAGCUGAAACCGAGGAAAGAGGAGAUUAGAACUCACUCAAUUGGAUUGACAAGGAUGACUGUUGGUGAAAGAAAUGAGGAAAAUGUCAAUAAAACCAUCUUACUUGUGGGCGAAACUGGAUCGGGUAAAUCUACUCUGAUCAACGCCCUGGUCAACUACGCUAUGGGAGUAGAGUGGGAGGAUGAGGUCUGGUUUCAUAUCGUGGAGGAAGACAACAAAGAUCAGUCAGAAAGUCAGACAUCCGAUGUGAUUGUGUACGAGAUCUUUGGGUUUGAAGGUGAAACUCUGCCGUACUCUCUCACCAUCAUCGAUUCUCCUGGAUAUGGAGACACCAAAGGGACAGAAAAAGAUGGCAUCAUCAGUCAAAGAUUGCUGGACUUGUUUGGGUCAGAAGUCGGAGUUAGAGAAGUUAAUGUCGUGGCUCUGGUACUGAAGGCAUCAGAAAAUAGAUUGAGUGACCGAUUGAAGUACGUCUUUAAUUCAGUAAUGUCUCUGUUUGAUAAAGACAUGGAGAAAAACAUUGUCACUCUCUUCACACACUCAUCUGGAAAUCCACCUGAUAAUGCCAUUGGAGCUCUCAAAACUGUAUUAAAUGAAUUAAACAUUAAAUGUGCCAAAAAUGGGGAGGAUCAACUUGUUCACUUCCUCUUUGAUAAUUCCCAGCAUGAACUCCGAACAGUGAAAAGCAGCCGCGCACUGAGAUUUUCUUUUGACACCUCAAUGGCAGGAAUGAAAGAGUUUAAAGAUUUUCUGGAACGUAGUGCACCUCACACACUUGAGAAGACAGUGGAGGUUCUGAAUGGACGCUUCAGACUGGUUUCCUGUAUCCAAAACCUGCAAAACAGAAUCCAACGGACUGAACUAAAGCAAACAGAAGUCAGAGACAUUCAAGAAGCUGUGGAGAAAGGUAAAAAACAGAUGAAGAUGAAUGCCAAUUUCGUUGUAGAAGUUAAUGAGGUGUACAAGGAUAAAAUACCUCUUUCAAGAGUUGGUCACAGGUAUUUUACGCUCUUUAUGAAAGUGUGUUUUUUUUUUGGCGGGGGCGCUACCUGCUGUACUGUUUGUGAAGAGAACUGUCACUAUCCUGGAUGCAGUGUUUUUUCACCUACAGUCUGUAAGGUCAUGAAAAAUGACCACUGUACUUCAUGUACGAGGAAGUGUCCUGCAUCAGAUCAUUUGUCAGCAAAGUGGAUCUAUGUGGACCAGACAAGGAAAGUUAAAAAGACCUUAGAUGAAAUUAAAGCAAAGUAUGAAAAGAAUGAAACAGAAACUGAGAGAAAUAUGAGUCUUUUGGAAAGUCUCGCCAAAGAGAUGACAGACCUGACAGCAGAGCGGUCCCACUUGCUGGAAGAGGCCUACCAACAUGUUAUGACACUGGAUCAGAUCGCCCUGAAUGUUAAUUCACUGUCCACUCAUGUCCACUUGGACUUCCUGAUUGAAAAGAUGAAGGAGCAAGGAGACACAGAGAAGGUCCGGAUACUGAAAGAAAUAAAACACCGACAGGAACCUGCAAUGCAGGCAGCAUUGCAGUACAUGGCAAGAGCUUGUAAAGCAAUUAAGAACUGUCCAACUGAUGUUUCUGAAUUUUUUUAACAUUGAAGUUAACUGAUAUUUAACAGACGUUUUCAUCCAAAGCAGCAUGUACUGUACUCGCAACAGCGGGGAACAAACCCGGGUCGACCGCUGCUCCACCACGCCCUACUUAAUGUGCAGAAUUGGUUGAUAGAAUGUCCAUUAGAAAGAGAAGAAAUGUGUACAGUAUGUGUAGUUGAUAAUGCUGGUAAUUGCAUUCAUAUGAAUUGAUAUAGUCAAUUGAAUGUUGAAUGGUAAAACAAUAUGUUCUGAUUGGAAAAUCUAUACAGUGCAUUUUAUAGACAAUGCAACAUGUGUCUUCAGCACUUCGAAGAGACCUAGACUUGAUAAUUUCUGUUGUUAUAAUUAUGUAGACAUAAGACAUAAACUAGUGUAAACUACUGUAUGCCAAUACCAUUUAUGAAAUGUACCGUAAUCCAAACUUACUUAAAUGAGAAACGGUAACCACCUUUAUGAGAGAUAGACCUGAAUUCAUUAUGUAUCCUGUGUGUAGAUUGAAUUCAAGAUGUAUGCAAUUAUAUCUAGUUUUUGUUUCUUUUUAUAUUUCUUUUAUUUUCUUUGUAACCAGCACUCUGUAAACGUGAUGUGUCUUGGACUUGAUAUGACUCCGUUCCAUUCCGUUCUGCCCUUCUCUCUGACUCUCAGCCAGUUCACUUCCUGUUUGAUAACUGCCAGCAUGAGGAGCGAUCAGAGGAAACCGAUGACCUGCAGGAUAACGUAUCAGUGAGAGGAAUGAAAGCCUUCACAGCAUUUCUGGAAAAACAAAAACCUCACAAAUUGAAUGAAACUGAACGUUCUGAAUGGAUGCAUAAAAUGAAUUGCCUGUAUCCAAAACCUGGAAGGUAGAAUCAAGCUGACUGAACUAAAACAGGCAGAAGUGAAACAGACUCAGGAAGCCCUGUGGGAAUAUGAAGAUAAUAUGAAGGAGAAUGAGAUUUUCACUGUAGAAGUUGAUGUCUACAUACUGUAGAUAAAAAAUACUUACACAAAUUCUUGUACUUGUUCUUUUAAGAAAAAAAUGCUAGUGAUGAGAAAUAUCCCAACUGGCUGGAUCAAUGUGAUCAAAACAAGGAAAGCUCUGAAGACCCAAGAAGAAAUUUAAAAAAAAGUAUGAAGACAAAUCACAAGCUGAGAAGCAGAUGAGCCCCCUGGAAACCCUUGAAAACCAAAUCAAAGACUUCUCAGCAGAGAGGUCAGAGUUGCUGGGAGAAGCCUACCAACAUGUUGUCACGCUGAAUGAUAUCGCCUUGAAUACCAAUUCACUUUCCAAUCAUGUCCACUUGGACUACCUGAUUAAGAAGACGAAGGAGAAAGGAGACAUUUGUAGUGAAUAUGUUUUCUUUGAACAGUUAAAUUUGAACGAUUUGUUUAACAUUCCAUUCUAACGGUAAUUGCAUUGUUGCCUUCAUUAAACUCACGGUCCAGUUACACUGUAUGUUCGCGGAGAACCACUUCCACAGACUGUUUGCGAUUUUUUUGCAAACGUUUGCAGAAAACUCAAGGCCAAUGGAAAACUGUUUGCAAAUGUUUGCCUUUGUUUGUGAAUUUGAAUGCAUCUCAGCUGUGUGUGUGUGUGUGUGUGUGUGUGUGUGUUUGUGUGUCUGACUUUACCUGCUGACGAGUUGAACAGUUUCAUGUUAAUGACACGUCUAAUUAAGUCCUGUCGUAUAAACUGUGGGGAUUGUAGGGUUGAGUGACCACUCUCUAUUGACCACUCUUAAUUAUGACCUGUGCUGCUGUACUAAAUGUAAUCGUAUCAUUUCUGCACAAUAAAACAUAUUUA